AUGAUCCCGUUUCUGAGUCGGAAGAGGGAGACGGCUAGGCCCGCGUACUCGGGGUUCGGCAGUUCGGGGAAGAGUUUCCUUAUCGAGAACCUGCUGCGCACCCCGGCGUGUCCCUCGGCCCACCGGCUGUCCGCGAGCGCCGCUCCGGGAGCGUUCGCGGCCCCGCGGGUCACGGGGCCCGCCAUCCUCGGGCCGCUCGUGGCAGUGCAGCGCUGUGGGUUCGACGUCCCCACGGACAAGGACCGCGUCCCCGCGAAGGACGGAGCGGCGGCUAAGCGGCCCCAGCCAGCAGCCCUGUGGUCCGAGCUCUUCCGGAGGGAUGCCCAGAUCCGCCUGGCCUGCUGCGGUGGGUCCGGCCCCCCCUCGGCUUCCCCCGCGUCUUUUUCAAAGGGAAAAGGCCUGGCGCUGUGGUCCCCGGAAGCGAGCCCCAAGUCCCGCAGGGGGAUCCUGCGGCGCGCCGUCUUCUCGGAUGACCAGCGGAGGGCAUUGGAGAGGACCUUUGAGAGGCAGAAGUACAUCAGCAAAGCAGACAGAAACAAGCUGUCAGCAGAUCUCGGGUUGAAAGAGUCCCAGGUGAAGAUCUGGUUCCAGAACCGGAGGAUGAAGUGGAGAAACUCGAAAGAGAAGGAAGUGCUCUGCCUAAGAUCUCUGACGGAGGAGAUGUCACUGAGGAGUGAUCCAGGCACCGAGGAGGAGCAGGAGGACCGGGAGGCGCAGGGAGGCGGUGUCGAGCCACAGCUGUCCGUCACAGGAGGGGGCACACUCGCUGACUACAUGACGAACUAUGAACUGUGCGUUCAUCGAGAGGAGACCACACGAGAGCUCUGGACACAGCUCAACAGUUUCUCAGACUGUCCCCACCCGAAACAUCAUCUGGCGAAUGUCGACCAAGGUUUCGCAAUUAAGACUGAGAACAGGUAA